CCAAGGAGUAUGGCCCCGUCUACCAGAUCAUGCUCGGCAACAUCCCCGUCGUCGUCAUCAACUCGGCCGCCGCUGCUCGCGAUAUCUUUGGCUCCAAUGCCCAGGUCCUCAGCUCCCGGCCAGAGCUAUACACCUUCCACAAAGUCCUGUCAGACACGGCCGGCACCACCAUCGGCACCUCCCCGUACAGCGACUCCCUCAAGCGACGUCGCAAGGGCGCUGCCUCGGCGCUCAACCGACCCUCGGUGGCUACUUACGUACCCCACCUCGAGGUCGAGACACGUGAUUUUAUCAAGGAGCUCUACACCUUUGGCGAUGCUGGCAGGACGCCGGUUGAUCCCAUGCCCAUGAUCCAGAGGCUAUCCCUUUCGCUCGCUCUUACCCUGAACUGGGGUACACGGCUCAAGUCCCAGAAGGACGACCUCUUCGCAGAAAUUACGCAUGUCGAGGAGGAGAUAAGCAAGUUCCGCUCAACCACCGGCAAUCUUCAAGACUACAUCCCGAUUCUUCGGCUGAACCCCAUCAACGGCCACUCCGCCAAGGCUCGCGAGAUGCGCAACCGCCGCGAUAGGUACUUGACCGACCUAAACAAUGGCCUCGACGAGCGGAUUGCCAACGGCACAUACCAGCCCUGCAUCCAGGCAAACGUGAUCCUGGACAACAAGGAGACGAAGCUGACCAAGGACGAGCUUACCUCGAUCAGCCUGACCAUGCUUUCAGGUGGCCUCGACACGGUGACGACCCAGGUGGCGUGGUUCGUCGCGCUCAUUUCCCAGCAUCCUGAAAUUCAGGACAAGGCGGUCCGUGAGAUCCGCAAGUACUACGCGAAGGAGCAACCCAUGUGUGACGAAAACGACGACCAAAAGUGCGCCUAUAUAGUGGCCCUAGUCAAGGAGUCGCUGCGCUACUACACUGUCCUUCGCCUCGCACUCCCCAGGGCCUCGGUCAAGGACCUCCCAUACAACCACUCUGUCAUCCCCAAGGGCACCAUGGUAUUCCUCAACGCCUGGGCAUGCAACAUGGACGACGCGGUCUGGUCCGAUCCCGAAGUGUUUCGCCCGGAAAGAUGGCUCGAGCAGCCCGAGGCGCCGCUCUUCACAUACGGAGUUGGCUAUCGCAUGUGCGCGGGUUCGCUUCUUGCGAACCGCGAGCUCUACCUGGUCUACAUGCGCCUUCUCAACUCCUUCCACGUCAGGAAGUAUGAUGACGUCGAUUGCCAUCCAGUCACGGGCAAUGCCGACCCGACCAGCCUAGUCGCCCUGCCUCCGCGGUUUAGGUCGUACUUUGUCCCACACGAUAAUGAAAGUCUGCAGAAGGCUCUUGACGUUGCCGCUUAGGCGGAAGCAGGCAUAUGGAUGAAUGGGCAAAAGCGGAAGGGUGGUAGUGUCAAGUACAAAAUCGAGUACUUUCUCGCUCAUAGGGGAUCCGGGGUGGGCUUGUUAUUAAUUGUGGUCAGGAAGAGUACCAUUUAGCUCGAUGCAGUCAUCGUAUACGUUUUUCCAGCGCCUCUGUGUUUUAGCGUCUGAAGCCCGUACGGCUUAAAAAUGUCUCCAUGGUACAAGCUCGUUUCGGUACACACGGAGUCUACAUCUUAGCUCUGCGCGCAAUCAGGUAGAUUCUGAGCACCCAUGGACUCGCACCUACUACGCC